UUCAGCUCUGCUAUGGCGGCUAACGAUGCUAACGAUGCUAACAUCAACCAGACCGCCAGAGAUGACGUCAGGAUCACACGGAGCAGUUUAUGUUAUGACGUAUUGACCUCUGCUGUGGUGACGUCAUCACGUCUGUAAACGUCAGUGUUUAUCUCAGGAGCUAACAGAAGCUAACUGAGCUAGCAACGGAUUAGCUGUUAGCUUCUCCCAACAGCAGACGAACCGCGGAGCUACGGAAGCCGAGAGGGACUGUGAGCAAACAGUUCUGCUGAAGGAUCAGAGGAGCAGUUGGACUCUUCAUACUGAGAUGGACCUGGACCCAAGCCGGGCAGGUCUUCUUCUGACCGUAUCCGUCACAAUGCUGGUUUCAACAUGUCGGACUGUGAUCCAGCUGCUGUAGAGGAGCCUCCUGGUCCUGGUUCUCCUGGUCCUGGUUCUCCUGGUCCUGGCCGCCCCCCCCUGGCAGAGAAGGCCCUGUCGGAGGCCUUUGCCCGGCUCAGGUACCGGGACACGUCCCUGCUGGUCUGGCAGCAGCAGCAGCAGGACAUGCAGGCCGCCCCCCCCUCCACCUACCUGAGCCGCAGCCAGUCCACCUGGUACAGCAGCUUUGGGAACCAGGCCGUGCUGGUCCGGGACAAGAAGGGUCUGGAGGACGGGGAGGGGCGGUCUAGGAUCUGCAGCGUCAUGUAGACCGGAACCAGGGACCUGAACAGACUGGUGUGAUAUUUAUAACAUGUAUACAUUAAACAUCAACAGGGUUUAGUGGUUCUGGUCUCAGAGGAAGUGGACCCUGAAGAAGAAACACAGAGAGCCGCUGUGCAUUGUGGGAAAUGUUGGAGCUGUAAAGAGAAGUGUUAGUUUGACUCCAGGUCCUGGACUACAAAGAGACUUAUCUGGUUUGACUAAGAACCAGAUCCUCUAAACGUCCUGUUGGAUCAUCUUCAUAUGGAGGCGACAGAACUAUAACUACAGGUGUG